UCAUGAUGGCUGCCUAUCUGCUGCUGUUGGGCAUCAUCAUGGUCUUCAUCAUCGUGCAUCUCAAGUCUCGACGACCCAAGGACUUCCCUCCUGGACCCAUCGCACUGCCAUUUUUGGGAAACAUGCACAAACUGUGCUCAAGUAACCCUUUGAAUGACAUAGAGAAGUUGAGGAGGACUUAUGGGAACAUCUACAGCCUGUACAUGGGACGCAAAGCUGCUGUGGUGCUGAGUGGCACCCAGGCUCUGAAGGAGGCUCUGGUGAACAAGGCUGUGGACUUUGCCGGACGACCUCAGGACCUGUUCUUGAACGCUGUCACGGAGAGGAGAGGUGCAUUUCUGGCUGACUAUGGUCUGGCCUGGAAGGAGCAUCGUCGCUUUACUUUGACGACCCUGAGGAACUUUGGUUUGGGCAAACAGUCGAUGGAGCAGAGGAUUCUGGGAGAACUACAGUACACCAUUGACUAUCUGGAGAAGAAUACUGGAAAAAUUCUGAGCCCUCAAAUCAUGUUUCAUUCAGUCGCCUCAAACGUGAUCUGUCAAGUUCUGUUCAAUAAGCGAUAUGAACAUGAUGAGGAGUUUAUUAGAACAAUUGUGACCUCUCUCUGUGAGAUUAACAAAACGAUCAACGGACCCUGGGCUUUGCUUCAUGACAGUUUCCAUUGGGUUCGAUGUUUGCCACUGCCUUUUACUAAAGCAUUUGAGGCAAUGCAGAGAGUAAAAAACAUGAUUAUCCCAGUGAUAGAGGAACACAAAAAAAACAGAGUACCAGGAGAACCUCGGGACUUGGUGGACAGCUACCUGGAUGAACUGGAGAAAAGAGGCAAUGAAGGUUCUUCGUUUUCCUCUGAGGAACUCCUGAUGUACUGCAUGCUCCUGUACAUGGCUGGGACAGAUACUACAUCCAACACAUUGCUCUUUGGCUUCCUCUACCUCAUGACCAGGCCACAUAUUCAGGAACGCUGUCAACAGGAGAUAGACCGUGUCCUGGAGGGAAAGAACUUUGUCACAUUUGAAGACAGACACAACAUGCCUUAUGUCCAAGCUGUUAUUCACGAAACUCAGAGGACUGCCGACACUGUUCCUCUCAGUGUUUUUCAUACAACCACCAGAGACACAGAGCUUAUGGGCUACUCUAUUCCUAAAGGCACUAUUGUCAUCCCCAACCUGUCAUCAGCGCUCAGUGAGGAGGGACAGUGGACGUUUCCUCAUGAAUUUAACCCUGAAAACUUUCUCAACCACAAGGGGGAGUUUGACAAACCAGAUGCCUUCCUGCCCUUCUCUGCAGGUCCUCGAGUGUGUUUGGGAGAAGGCCUUGCCCAUAUGGAGCUCUUCCUCAUCAUGGUGACUCUUCUGAGGAAGUUUACGUUCAUUUGGCCUGAGGAUGCAGGAGAGCCUGACUUUACUCCAGUGUUUGGCAUCACCAUAACGCCCAAACCGUACAACAUGAGAGUGGAGAUUAGAUGAAAACAGUUUGGUUAACAUGGUGGGAUAACAUUCUUAGAUCAUAUUUCACUGAACAAAGGACAACUUGGAAUACAGUUUGCCUUAAAAGCCAUUUACGGGGGGGCAUUUAGAACAUUUACAAAACAAAAGACACACAGCAAAUCUUUGGAGAUGUAGACAGACCUAUAAUAAAAUAUUACUCAAACAUGUGUAAACAUACAAACACAGCUCCAGCUCCAGCUUUGAGGAGUUAUGUAACAUUAUGACAUGGGUUAAAGCUCACAAGAGUCAACAUUGUGUAACAGAUGACCUUUAAAUAAAAAGUUGAUCUGCCGGUGUUUAGAAAUGUUUGGAGCUUUAGAACAGAAGAUUAAAUAUUGGCUUUUUCCAACUACCAGUAUGAGACUCACAGUGCAGCUCCUGGGAACCCAUGUGAUAUUGUGCUAUAAUCUAGAUCAGGACCUCCUUAACUGGAGGAUUUAGCCGGUAGAAAC